CGUAGUGCGAUUCUGACAUCUGUCGCGGGCGUAGGGCUGGGAAUCCCCGUGCGACAAACGCGUUCGCGGCUAAUUUGAUUUUACGCGCAACUUUAAAACUGUGCGUGCGAUCUUUCGCAACCAGUAAAUUGGAGACGAUUACCAGCUUAAUUGGAAUACACUUAAUCUUCACCUUAUCGCGGAUCAACAGAGCCUAUUGAAAUUAAACUUUGUUGUGUUUGUACAAUAAAUAUUAUCGUCUGCCUCAACCCAGAGCUAUUGUUUUGGAUUGAAUGAACUAUGUAGUUCAGCACUGAACCAACAUCAGGAUCUUACAGUUGUCAUUUGUGCCAAAGUGUGAAUUUUUCGGUGUGGAAUUUGAAGUGAUCUGUGCGAUAUGAUUGGUUGUAAUUUAAAGAAAUUCUGUGGAACGAUGUCCGUCCGCCUCCAGUUAUUUCUGGCCUGUUUUCUAUUUAAAGAUGUAUUUUGCAUACAGCUAGAAGAAUUAAGAGUUCCAACAUAUGCAGUCAGAAAUCAGAGUGUGACUCUAGAAUGUUAUUACAAUCUCGAAGGCGAAACCCUAUAUUCAGUCAAAUGGUACAAGGAUGGCCACGAAUUUUACAGAUUCGUGCCGAAUGAUGUUCCACGAGCUCAGUGUUUUACUCUGCCAGGUGUAUCGGUAGAUAUGGAGAACUCGACGCAGAACACGGUCACGCUCACUUCAAUUCAGCUGCCCACUUCCGGCAUCUACCGCUGCGAAGUGUCAGGGGAGGCCCCCUUUUUCCAGACGGUCACCGAAAGGGCCGAAAUGAUAGUAGUUGCUCUACCAGAAGAAGGCCCUAAGAUUACGGGUGGAAGACCACGGUAUCAAGUUGGCGAUACAGUACGCGUAAACUGCACUGCAGGCAGGUCCAAACCGGCAGCUGUUCUGAACUGGUUCAUAAACGGCGAACCUGCGAACGCAUCUUUCCUGAAAGGACCCGACAUAAUAGUUACCGGCAGAGAAGGACUAGAAACAUCAGUACUUGGUCUCGAGUUCACAGUCCGCCACAAACAUUUCAAAAGGGGUGACAUGAAAUUGAAAUGUUUGGCCACCAUUGCAACGAUAUACUUGAAGAGCAACGAAGAAAGUGUGGAAGGGGAAAGGCCACAAAGAGCUUCUGUACUGGAAAGUCGAGGUACGGCAGCCCCUGUUAAUUCGAGAGCUGAUAGAGUUCAAGCAGCUGGAUGUAGUGGACUCUCAUUCCCAAGAUAUUUGAUCGUCCUUUUGUGUUGUGCGCUCCUGCAGCAAUCAAGGAGAUAAUUAUCCAGCAGAUACCAAAAAGUUUGAAGAAAGCCAAAGACACUUGUAUUGAUAGUGAGUGAUAUUGGAUAAUUGUUGCUUUGUACAUUCCUUCCAUGAUUUUCUUUCUUAAGCUAGCGAUUGAUAGAAACUUCCAUUAUUUUAUUCUGAUAAAUUAGAAUACACAUUAUUUUCCAUAAAUUAUUUUCUUCAACAUGCGUUCAUACUGAAUCGAAAAAAAUUUUUUAGUUUUCAGUUAAUUUCGAAUCUUUUUUUUAUUUUGUAAAACCAUGCAUCUAGUACCUAAAACUCAAAAUUUCUCAGUUUUUCGAGGUCAGUGAAAAUGAGUAGAUUUUUUAUGUUUUUAUUUUCUUUCAUUUGAAUCAAAUAUAGGUAUAUCCGCAGAAUUCUCGUAUUUAUUUCUCGUUAGGCUUUUGCUAUCCACCUCUUAAGUCAGUUCCUUCUAAUGGUGGCUAGAAAACUAAGCAAUGGCGUUAAGGAAAUCUUAUUUGAUGUUGAGUUUAUCAUUAUUAUAUUUAUUGUGGGUGAAAUCAACAAUAAUUGCUCCCUUUUUUUCAUAAACUGUACAUGUGGUUGAAAAUCAAAUAUAGGAAAACUUACAAUCAAAAAGAAUUCGCUCAUCAUAAAGCACUUCUAAAAUCUUCUCAUUUUUCACAGAUUCACGAAUAAAAUCAAUAAU